AUGUUCGGCCCACCAACAGAGGAGCUGGACCCUCUACCUGAACUACCGGAGAGCGCCGACGAGCGGUUCUUCACCAAGGAAGCUCUGGAGUUCCAAUACCCGACGGGACCGGCGGAGAACCCGCUGUUCCCGACCUGGGGGUCGACGGGCGCGGAGAUGGCGGCGAUAGGAGCAGCGGCGGCCGCCAAAGCAGGAACCUCCGCGGCCGCGGGCAGCACGACGAGCCCACCGGCGGCGGGCGGAUCAGCGGGAGCGGCAGUGUCAUCUCCGGCGGCGGUGGCCGCGUCCUCCUCCUCGCCGUUGGAGGCGGGCAGGGGCGGCGGCGGCGGGAGAAAGCGCGCGUUGCCAGACUUCCAGCAGCAGCAGCAGCAGGGCCGCCCUAUCAGGGGGGGGGUCCACACGAUGGCGGUGCCCCCCCCGCCGGCGGGGGCGGGGGACCGGACGGUGUUCUUGAGGCAGAGGCUGGGCGGCGAGAGCGUCUCCUCGGGGAACUCGUCGACGAGCACGGGCGGGGGGUCCGGGUCCAGCUCGGACAACGGCUCCGCCAGCGACGACGUUGCCGGGGGGGAGUGGGAUGGGGGGCGCGACGCGGCGGGUGGGCACGGCCUCCGGAGCGGGAGCAAGCGACGGGGGGUGCGAACAAAGAAGUCAUAUUUACAAAGCGGGGCGGCGGGGGCAGCGGCACCGGCGGCAGCAGCGACGACUGCGGCCACCGCGUGUGGUGGUGGGGCGGCUGCGGGCAGUGUGGUCUUGAUAGGACCGCAGGCGGUAAGCUGUACCGAAGCCCCAACACAGGCGGCGCUGAGGACGCGUUACGGCGGGUCGUCCUCGAAGUCAAGAAGGGUGCGGUAUAAGAAAUCCGGGGGUGGGAUGGGUGGGGGGCAAGCGAGUGACACCAGCAGCGGCGGGUCGGCGGCCGGCGGCAGCACCACGGGCAGCGUGAGCAGCAGCAGCAGCAACAGCUGUAACAGCGGCGGCCUGGGGGGAGGGUACGCAUCGUGGGACGUCCUGGUGAAGCCCUUGAAGCAGCAGUGGGACCACAUCGAAGGGCCGUCGGCGGAGGCGAGAGGGGGGAGACGGGGGGGGGCGGGGCCCAAGCCGUCCGCCUACUCGGCUGCUGCGGCCACGGCGGGGGAGGCGGGGGGGGGUACGCUAAGCGGUGGCGGUGGCGGCGUCUGCUCCGUCUUCAGCGCGCAGCCGUGCCCGAACAGCACGGCGGCUUUCAGCGUGGAGCAGUGCUCGGCGCAGGCCCACCCGGCGGCGGUGGCGUCGUAUGUGCUCAGGGUCCGCUGCGCCGGCGGCGCGCACAUCGUGCGGCGGACGUGGGACGACAUCGUAAAUUUGUGUACCAUGCUGGACCGCGACGUCCUCGCCCGUUCCGCCAAGAAAGAGGCGGCGAUAGAGUUCACCCCGGCGGACGUGCUCGCCCCGGACGCGGCAUCGGGGUUCCUUAAGGACCUGCUGGUUAGACCGGGCAUGGCGUGGGCCACACCCGCACGUCGCUUCCUGGAGCUCGAAUACCUCGACGGCACCCUGAGGGGCGGGGUGGCCGACGACAGCCGGGCGACGGCCGCCCGACAGGUGGCGUCCCUCGCGGCGUUCACGACCGCCGCGGCCGCGGCCGCCCAGGCCACCGCCACCGCCACCGCCGACGUGGUGGAGAGCAACGUGGCGGCUGCUGCGCCGCGCGAAGAAACGCCGAACACUGCGACGGCGGCGGCGGCGGCGACAACAACUGGCACAGGUGUGGCGGCGGUGGCGCUGCCGCCUCCAUCUUCGACGGCGGUGGCCCGCGUGCUGAGGUCCAGCACACAGCAGCAGCAGCAGCAGCAGCAGCAGCAACGGCGCUCGUCGUCUGUUGUUGUGCCUCGUCCCGCCCAGACCUUGCCCGCUCACCCGGACGCCGCGCGGGACCUGGCAGCGGUGUGCCGGUGCCUCGGCGAGCUCGGCGCGUCGGCGUUCACCUCGUCGUCGCCGGCGUUGAGGGGGGCGGCGGCGCCGUACUGGUCCUCUCCCGCCAAGACGGCGACGGCGGCGGCGAGAGAUAAAGGAAACACAGGGGCGGCGGCGAGUGGAGGCGAGGACGUGGCGACGCAGCCCGGCGUGGCGUUAGUGGCAUGAAGAGCAGCGAGGAUUUGGGCAAGGCUGAGCAGAGGGGGGGUGGGGACAUGUUGUCGGUGCGUGCACUCUAGAAGGCAAGCACAACCAAAAGUCUGGGGUGCGUUGAAUGAGACGAGGAGGGGGAGGAAGAGAUGCUGGAUAAGAUGAUGCUCGUCGGGCGUCAUUGUACAUGACGACAUUGGGAAAUGAACUGGGAAGUAUUUUUUCGGGUUUCGGGUGUCUGGAGGACCGCCAUAACGUUCACGAGCGUUGGGAUGCAAUGGACGGGCUUGGUUUUUGUUUCUUGUUCGUGUGUGCAUCCACGGGUGUUCGUGGUUUUUAUUUGCGUGUGAUGUUGGAGGUUCGGGGUUUCGAUUACGAUGAUUUGUUUUCUCGGGGGACGGGGGCGGGAUGUACUCAUACUCAUAGUUGUGCAUGCCGUAGUCGUUAGACCAUUGACCUCGCAUCCCUACAAAGCCGGGACGGAGCACGCCGGGUUCUCACCGGACCAGGCUCUCACAUCACCAAGCGCGAAGCGCCGUGAGAUAUUGGGCGAGUCGCAUGAAGGGUGGUGCGCUGCAUCCUACUAAGGGUGUUCGGCAUCUUGUGCUUACUUCCUUGCGUACGGAUGACAGCUGCGUAUGACUUCAUUUACUUUCUGGUGCUUUCACUUCCAGACGGGGGCGGGGGGGGGUCAUUUCUGGGGGGGGGCGGUCGCGCCUGGUAUUCCAGCUUGAGAAUACGCAGAACAUUGAGAGUUGAAACGCUCAGCGGCGGCAGAAUACAAUCUCUGCGUAAUAUCAAGUACCAUGUAUUGCCCGUCUAGCAGAGAGAAUGGGGGGGGGAGAGGGGGGGGCAUGGUUGGUGAUUUACCGGUCAGCAUAACGUUUGCUUGAUUCUGUUGUCUUCGCAGCAACCGGUACACACCUGUAGAGGAGACGGGAAAGUGCACGUGCCGAGAGGCAGUUGGAGUUGGUUUUGUAUCCGUAGCGACACACGCACGACAACGGUUGGUACUGAUAGAGUAGCACGAAAGUAAGGCGCGGCGGGGGUGGAGCGGUGUUGUGUCUAAAACUAUGCUUGUUUUCCGUCGCGGUCGCCUUUUUUCAGAAUAUAUAGUAUAUGCUCUCCUGUUGGUUGUAUCGUUGUCAUUUUACGCCCGCUCUUGAGAGCAAGCAAGCGUGGCAGUAGAGUAAGUUGCUCUUGGGGCGUUGGGAGUAUGUGUGGCAGCUCUUUCUGCGGAGGCAGCAAAAAAUUGAUAUUACGUCGCCCCCUGCGAUCAACGGUACAAUGCACCUCAUUAUUGUGCGCAGGGGGGUGGGGAGACGCAGCAGCAGCAUCAGAAGAAGCAGCAACCAAAACCUUUGGUACAGGUUGGCGUUAUCCUUGCAUGUCGCGGUAUUGUUAGUCAAAUGGUAGAGUGUAUAACAAUGUACCAAAUACACCGUUUUACAGCAGCAGCAGCAG